CUACGGGCUUGAUGACUUUGUAACAUCCCCGGGUGUUGAAAAUGGGUUGCUUUUGACACUGAACAUUGAACAAUAUGAGUAUAUGCCGGGACCUCAUGAUGCAGCAGGGAUAAAGAUGCUUCUUCAUGAUCGAAAUGAAAUUCCUCGUGUCCAUGCCCUCGGUCAAGCUAUACCGCCAGGGGCCCAUGUGUUUGUUGGUGUUAAAAUAGUAGAGGUAUCGAACCUCCCUCCUCCACACGGAACUUGCCAGGAUAAAACUCUGGAGUAUGAAGACGUGUAUUCAACAGAAGCUUGUCAGUUAGACUGUCUUACCAAAAGGGCGGCAGCAGUUUGUGGCUGUCGGUCAUUAUUUAUGCCUGAGAAAGAUGGAUUUCCUCCUAUCUGCACCCUGGAUGAAUUCUAUGGCUGCCUUCAUGAUGUAUUAGACACAUUUCCAACAAUAUCUGAAAAACUCUGUGACUGUCCAGUGCCAUGUAAAUUCAGACUUUAUGAAACAGAUAUAUCAUAUGCCAGCACAUCAGCAUACAGUUUAAACAAAUUUUUAAAUGAGGAUGAUAAAAAGAAUUUGUCUCGAAAAGUGUUAGAAGGAGCAGAAGUGACGUCACGUUAUGAAGAAACGCAAUUUUCGAAGGUUCAAUAUCUGUACAGCCAGAUGAUAAACGACAUAGAAAUAGUACGGAAAAGAGUCCUUGUUAACUUAAAGGAAAUUGUUAAUGAAGCCUUAAUUGGUGUUAAUGAAAGAUAUCAAGAAAUUAAAGACCAUUAUAUUUGGAAAGAAUACUUGUACAGGUAUCAAGCUUAUAUUCUUCAAAAAAAUUUCAUGCGUCCUCGCGAUGCAUAUGAAGAGCGCACUUUCCAUAUAGUGGCACUGGGAUAUGCCGAAUACAUAAUGACUAUAGAGAGUAGAAUUCGCGAACUAGCGAAUAAAAAUUUCACAGAUGGACCUACAAGGCAACUUUGGUAUGAAGACACAUCAGACCUGUUGAAAAAUAGGGAAAGGAUAAUAGAGAUUGCCUUGAUUAAUUUUACAUCUUUGGUAGAGGCAUACGAUACUGGAAUACAAAUCUUCAAUUACAAAUUCUUUUCUACACCUCGUUCACAUAACAUUCCUGCUGCACCAAAAUUACUUAUUAAGGAAUCACGAGUUCAUAACAGCUAUGCAAGGAAGUAUGGGAAACGAUUUGGGACUUAUCUUCAAAGAACAAUUACUAUUCUCAAGUUUUGUCAAAAACUGUUGGAUGAUGCCUAUUUUCAUACGACUUUGGACGAAGGAAAUAUGACAGAGUGCCGUGAGACAUUUCGAUAUCUUAUGAGAAAUUGGGUGUUUGCAAGAAGUGUGUUUUACUUUGAUACCAUAAAUUGGCCUCUAAAGCAGAUUGAGGACCGACAGCAAAGAUUUGACACACAGUGGAACGAAUUGAAGACAAUGUUUGCAAAUCUGAAUCAAAGUUUAACUUCACUGAAGACCGACAUACAACUUUUUGAAAAGAAUACUUUUGAGAAUAUUGAGGUUACACGAGAUUCUGUAGAGGCCUAUUUGAAUGAUACAUUGACAAAGCUUCAUAUCUCGGAAAUAUUCACAUCUGUCACCUUUCAACAACUGUUAACGAAGUUUGAUAUAUUUUUCCAACAAAUUCGUUCUAGGGAAAAAUCCUUAUAUGAUUGGCUGAGCCAAAUGCAGAAUGAUGCUUACGGUAUUUUUAAAGUAAUAGUUUUAGACGAGGAUUCGUGGGAAUAUUACAAUUUUACGGGACGGACAGAUUAUUUGGGUAAUAUUUCUGACAUUGAGGGGAACUUGAUCGAAAAUUAUACUUCAGUAGCCGAAUCAAUGCAGUUUUCUGUCUGUGUGAACGGAAGUGAUUCAGUUUUGCUGUCGACAUUGCAGGAUUUCGUGGAUGAAAUGACGUCAUAUAAAGACUCUCUGAAGAUUGAUAGCAGUUUUAUCAAGGAUAAUUUCCUGCAGGUAGACAUUUUUUAUCGCCAGAUGAGUUACGAAGAAAUUCACCAGCAAGAAGCAUACGGAAUGUUUUCUCUUUGGUGUGAUAUUGGAGGAACAAUGGGGCUUUUCCUGGGAGCCAGUUUCCUGUCUGUUGUAGAAAUUGUGGACUUUAUACUAACCCACACAACCUAUCAAAAGAAAGAAAACAAGGAUCAAACUAAAAAACAGUUCCUGUAGAAACAAAUCAACUCUCUACCUGCUUUCUAACAACAGAAUUAGAUUUUUUUUAUCGAGAACUUUUAGCU